AUGUCGAACUCUAAAGACUCCAAGGAAACUAGUACCGUUUUUUGUCCCAAGUAUUCUGCCCCAUGGUUCUAUUAUCGUCUUACAAUCGUUCAAGCGGGAACAGCUGCCGUUUUUACAACUUUUCUUGUUACUCAUUUAAGCGCAACAGCUCUAGCUUCUUUCGGUGGUAUCGAACUUACCAAUAAGACAAUUGUUCUUGGGAGAGUUUAUUAUCAAAAUAAAUUCUUGGAACCCAUUGUUGUGUUUGGUUCUCUUUGUGGACACAUAAUUGCGGGGAUAGCUAAACGUGUAAUCAAACAAUAUUGGAAAUAUAAAAAACAAGAUCAACGUAAAUUAAUUGGAGAAGUUCGCAUUAGAGUUGAAAAAACCACCGCCGAUGAAACCGAUGAACAUGGAGGAGUACGUCAAAAAAUCACAACAAAAACCACCACAACAAUCACUGGAUCUCAUAUAACAAGAGCACUAGUAUUAAUAGGUCAAUAUCAUCACUUAACAGGAUAUCUUUUAAUUCCAUCCGUUUUAGCUCAUGCACUUCUCAAUCGUAUUCUUCCUCGACGUCACUUUGGGGAUUCAUCAAUGAUUAAUGCAUCAUACGUUACACUUUCACUUAAAAAAUGGCCCCGGUCAUCGUAUCUUGGAUUGACUGCCCUUAUCGCAAUUGGAGUGUACCACGUUGGUAGUGGUUUACCUGCUGUAUAUAAAAUUUUGAAAAGUCUUUUGAUUAAAAAGAAUGGAGAAAAGAUUUCAGAAUCAGCAAAAAAACGACAGCGUUACAUCAGAAAUGGAAUAAUUGUAUCAACAAUUGGAUUAUUAAUGGCAGGAAUACUUGUCAUUGGUGGAAAAAUUGGAAAAGAUAAUACUCGAAUUCCUUUACGUAAAGAAUAUUUGAAAGUUUAUGGUCAGAUUUAUCCACAAAGUUGGGUGAGAGAAUUGUGA